UCUACCACUGACUCCAGACACAGUGCUGAAGGAACCGUCAGGACAGGCUGGUUUACGGAGCACUGUUACAUCAAAUUCAUGUAAAACAUAUACUUUAUGCUUUAACAUCAUACGGGUUAUACAUUGGCUUCGUCAUGUCUAAGAACACAGUGUCCGAUCGUUUCCGGAAAGUGGACGUGGACGAGUACGACGAGAACAAGUUUGUGGACGAAGAAGAGGGAGGAGAAAAUCAACUGGGUCCAGAUGAGGCAGAGGUGGAUUCUCUCAUCAGACAAGGGAACUACAUGGGCGCCUUGCAAGCGGUUUUAAAAAACCCACCAAUCAACACAAAGAAUCAGAAUGUUAAGGAUCGUGCUGAAGGUUUGGUGCUAAAGGUGCUCAGUUCUUUCAAGAGCACUGAUAUAGAGAAAGGUGUUCAGUCUCUGGACAAGAAUGGAGUGGACCUGCUCAUGAAAUACAUUUACAAGGGCUUCGAGAGACCAUCUGAAAACAGCAGUGCGGUCCUGCUGCAGUGGCAUGAAAGGGCUCUGUCUGCCGGUGGAGUGGGCUGUAUCGUGAGGGUCCUAACAGCCAGGAAAACUGUGUGAACUGCAAGCCAAUUGGAAACACAAUAUCCUGUCGAGACCCAUAAUACAAAGCGAUGACCUUCUACAGGGUGCUGAAGAGGACCUCUAAUGAUCUGAUUCUAUACUUAUCACCUGCUGCUUAUCUCUUUCAUAUCACCAUUCAUUCACUCUCAUCGGUCAAAACCACAUUCCCUCAGAUCUAUGUUAAAUUAACCGUAGCUUCUCUCAGGAAUACUUUUCGAUACUCGUCUGUAUCAUGUCCUCUUAAGAAUUUUAUCUAAAGUUGCCUAAUUGUAUUAUAUGUUUGUUUUAACAUUUUGGUAUUACUGUAAGAUUCAUUUGGGAAUGGACCAAUAGGUCAUUGUGUUUUUCUUACUAGUGUCUGUCCACAUUCCGGCGCAAUAAAGUGAUAGUCCACCCCAAAAUAAAAAAUCCUGUCAUCAUUUACUCACCCUCAUGUCAUUUCAUACCUGUAUGACUUUCUUUCUUCUGCACAACACAGGGGAAGAUAUUUUGAAAAAUGCUGUUAACUGGCACCCAUUUACUAGCAUUGGUUUUGUGUCCAUUAAAUAGAAGUAAACGGGUGCCAGCGCUGUUUGGUUACUAACUUUUUUUCUAAAUAACUUUUGUCUUUCGCAAGAAAAAAGCAAAUCAUAUAGGUUUAAAAUGACAAGAGUGGCUGAGGAAAUGAUGAAAGAUUUUUCAUCUUCAUCACUUUAAACAUCACUUUGCAUCAUGAAACAGUUCUAAGUCAUUGGAAAUUGUUUUAUAGUGUUCGUUUGUUUGUAACCAAAGGGCAUCAGCUGACCAUCAUACACAUGCACAGCUAUAAUAGUCUGAUCAAAGGUGCACGCGUUCCACGAGUCUCAUGUUUGAGAAAACCGUUUCUACUGUCUGCCAUUUUCUAAGCAUAUGACACUUCUUUAAAUCUGACUUUCACUAAUGCCAAGUCUAUUAAUGGUCUUAAUGUAACUUUGUGCAAAUGGUAACAUUCCAAAGCACUUAUUAGCAAUGGAGCAUUGUUAUUAUAUUUUAGAGAGCACAUCUGUAUCCAAUCGUGUGUCAGGAAAUGUUUUAUAGCCAAUCAUGUUGAACGGUGCAGCAAAGUCACAGGGAUCUGGGGCUGGAUGUCAAAAUGUUGCGUACACAGAAAAUCUGUAUAGCAAUGUUGUGCGUAAUUCCAUGUACAUAUCGGGAUUCAUAAAAAUUAACCUUGUUGUAGAUUUCAUACUUAAAAAAUCUCAAGUGUUUUUGUUGUGCACACUAUGUUUUAUACAUGAGGCCCCUGGUCCCUCCAAUGCAGUAAAACAGAAUAAUAAACCUAACCAGUGUAAUGACUGCCUUGCAAAAUAUACUUUUUUUAUGUUUGUGCUUUUGUGAUCGAAUAAUAAAAUAUAACAUAUUCACAAUA